UACUCAGACAGACAUGUUGGAACCCCGCCAAGGCAUCUCGGGAAGGUUGCCAUGUCGAGAGAGAGGGAGAGGAGGGGAAGAGAAAAAAGCCAGGCAAGACUUGGCAGGGUUCUAUCGCAGCUCCCUUUGUCUGUUUGCUCAGCUUUGCGCUAAGGAAAUCAAAAAUACCCAGGGUGUAGGAACUAUGCUUCAACGCGAAAAAACUAAACCAAACAAGAAAACAAGUCGAGAAAACUACUUUGAAAAAUUUGAGGACGCCGUGGGUGAAUGGGGCACAAGCAUAGUCACCAAAAAUAUGUUCUAAUUCCAGCAGAGCCACACAAUGCUUAUUUUCGUGACUGGAGGAGGUUACUUGAGCCAAGAGAUGACCAUGUCAUUUCAACUCAAUCUUUCUUUGUAAUUUCGAAGCGAAUGAAGCUGCCGCAUCUGUCUUUUCUGGAUAUGUUUUGAACACAAAAGGACUCUCAAAAGUGGACCUGGAUUUUAUCCAUGAAGGACUGCCAGAACUGUUGUGGCCAAGCAACUGUCAAGAAAAAAGUUUUUUCCCUUCCCAUAGAUCAAACCUUAAGUCACCAUCCGUACAUCACUGGGAGUAGAUUUCACCCUCCAAAGUUUUGUGAUCGUAAAAAUCACUGACUUCAAUGCACCUCUAGGAUCUGCCUCUGUUGUCACUAAGUUGUCCUCUUUGUGAGAGGGGUUUACAGCGAAACAACAGCAACUGGUUACUCAGGCCAAGUGCUCUUUGACCAAGCUUUAGAGUUCCAUUGUGUCUCGCAGUUGGACGAACUGAAGUACAUUUGAAGAUAUCUCGCCUGCAAAGGACUGAGAUUCUCCAGCAUUUGGAUUUGAGAUCUGAGGCCAGUGGAUCUACAGUAGUCUGUGUGAGGCACUGAACUAGUAGUGCAGUUUCUCCAAGCUGCCUACUCUCAGUUGAAAGAGAGUUCUACAGGCCUGACUGGUUUUCUUCUAACAUGUAAGGUUUCUUCAAUACAAUGAAUUUUCAGCUUCACAAUGAGAGUGUGGUACUGUGUAAGGUCACGGGGGUCGGGGACUGUUCCCGAGGAAGCCGUAUAUACUCCGCCUCGGGCUCGUCAGACUCGUGAAAGAAGAAAAAGGAUUCUGCUAGUCCUUGCUCCAGCAGGCAGACAUCGUUCAGCUGUGUCUCCUGAGUCAUCGUCAGGACAGGCCGGGUGUAAUGGUGUGGAACCGGCCAAGCCAAGCACGACGUCAACGGCAACAGGACUGUUCCACCAUUCCCAGAGGGACUUCAGAUGUCUAUGUUUGGGAUGGGCUGUUUCUGGGGAGCAGAGAGGAAGUUCUGGAAGCAGAAGGGGGUCUACUCCACCCAAGUGGGCUAUGCUGGAGGCCUCACCCCCAACCCCACCUACGAAGAGACCUGCACAGGUAGAACAGGUCAUACUGAGGUUGUCCGGGUGGUCUGGGAGCCAGAGAAGACAAGUUUCUCCAAACUGCUCAAGGUGUUUUGGGAGAGCCACAACCCAACUCAAGGUCCUGAUGGAGGGGGGCUUUGGAGAAAUUACCACAGAGAUAGCCGAGGCCCAUGAGUUCUACUAUGCUGAGGACUACCACCAGCAGUACCUCAGCAAGAACCCCCGUGGAUACUGUGGCCUGAGCGGCACUGGAGUCUCCUGUCCAAUAGGACUCAAGAAAUAACCACCUCUGUCCAAUAGGGAAUGACCACCAACCUAUCCGAUUGGCUAGUUUUGUUUGACAAGUCUAUUUUCCAUUAAUUGAAAUGGAAGUUGCCUUAAUUCCGAUGCAGUAAUGAAGCAUAUUCAGGGUUUAUAUAAAAACAGUUCAUAUCUAAGUCUUAUUUCAAAUGCUUUGGUAAUCAAUCACUACAAACUUAAAUGAAAGCACAUUGUCUUGUUUCAAUCAAAUCACCCCGAGUAUGUACCCCAGUAUGUACCAGUAUGUACCCCCAGUAUGUACCAGUAUGUACCCCCAGUAUGUACCAGUAUGUACCUCAGUAUGUACCAGUAUGUACCCCCAGUAUGUACCUCAGUAUGUACCAGUAUGUACCCCCAGUAUGUACCAGUAUGUACCCCCAGUAUGUACCAGUAUGUACCCCCAGUAUGUACCAGUAUGUACCCCAGUAUGUGCCAGUAUGUACCCCAGUAUGUACAUCAGAUUGAACUCUAUGGGGUGUUGGUGGAUUAAAUUAUUAAAAUGCG